UUCACUCACUAAAAAUUAUAUUCUCUGAAUUGCUCAAAAUUUAACAGCUUGUCAAGCACUAUGGCCGAUGUGCACGAGGGCAUAGUAGCCUUCAUACUACUGUUAUGUCAGCUAAUCGUCUAUGUCCGCGCCAUAAAUCCCAUUAAGCGAGAAGCCCUUUUGCUCGUCGUACACAAUAUAUUCAUGUACUAUGUCAUAAAUCGGUUCAAGCAUUUGGCUCAAGCUUCUAUCAACUUUUCCGGUCCUGUCAACACGUUCUAUUACGUCCCCUUUGUCUAUGAGGAACCGGCUAAUUGUAUAGCUCAUGAAGAUAUGCAUUUAGUCUUAAAGUCCACAACAUGGCAGUUUUUGGAAACGCUGUUCAGACACCAUUUGGCAUUACUGCUGCCCUUCUUACUCGCUUUGCUGGUGCCGCGCUGCAAACUGAUAUAUGUUAGCAGUCUGGUGAUACUCUCGAAUCUGGCGCUGUGCCUGUGCUUCAUGUACUCCAUGUGGAAGUGGCUGAUACUGAGCGGCUUGUCGCAGGGCCUCUAUCUGCUGCCCAUCUUUUUCUUGGGCCCGGUGGUGCAGCUGCUGCUCUUGUUUCGCUUUACAGCGCAUAUGCUGCUCAACCUUUGGAUUGUCGUGUGAAGCAUGAAAUUGACUGCAGCCCAAAGCCAACGAAGACGCUGUCCAUUAGAAGUCAAGCUAUGGAGAAGAGCAUGAUAUGGGCUGGCUGGUGUUGGGCGUAAAUGCAAGGCAAAAGUUUCGCAUCAAAUCAAAGCAAUAAACGAACAAAACUGAGUAA